AUGACUUCUGAUAAGAUGGAAAUAGAUAGUGCGCCUAGCGCGGAGCAGAAAGAACAAGAUCAGACAGUCGUGGACCAGAUUUUUGAGCUUUUAAAAGAGGUUUCAAAGAGUACAACUACUUUGGACUCUCGUUUUUUGUGGAAAGCUGCAAAAAAGCUGAGUGUUUUGAGACCAAGUUUGGACAAAUCAUCGCUGUCAAUUGUGAUCAACCUUCUAUAUCCAGAGGAAUCUACGUUCAAAAUACCACUUUUGAAAUAUAUCAACCAAAACCAGAAAAGUAGGGUGGAAAAUGCUGAUGAAGAACGCCAGAAAUUUCCUGCUGCGUUUUACCAGCUUGCUGGUGGUAGCAACUCGGUGGACGUAUCGGCUGAGUUAAACAGUUUCGUCCACCUCAUGGUACAGUUAUUCCUGCUUGACUCACAACAAGUUGAUGCUCUCGACUCGUUCAAUUCCCAGGUGGUUCUGCCCAAGGUUUUGCAAUUCUACGACGAAAGAACGUUGGAUCUCAUAAACUCAAAGCUAUGGUUUUACAUUUGCAGGGCCCGCGAGAUCGUAGGAAACAGCUUCGACACAUCCAUCAGAGCCGAGAUGGUCAAGUUUCUAAAGACGGCAACCCUCAAACACGACAAUGAGACCAGGGCUACGCUUAUCACUUUCAUUUUGAGAAGCUUUUUGCAAACUGGUGAGGUCGAUACGGCUGCCGAUUUUAUUUCCAAGGUGGAAUUCCCAAGCUCUAACGACGUAUCGAGUCCGCUAGAGGCUCGUUAUUACUUUUAUCUAUCUAAGUUGAAUGCCAUUCAACUGGACUACUCGUCAGCCAAUGACUAUGUGAUUGCUGCGAUCCGCAAAGCCCCAAGUACCAAUAAAAGUCUGGGAUUUUUACAACAGGCCAAUAAGCUGCAUUGUGUCAUCGAACUCUUGAUGGGUGACAUUCCUGAGUUAUCGUUCUUCAAGCAAAAAAACAUGGAAAGAUCUCUGCUUCCCUACUAUCACUUGUCCAAGGCCGUCAAAUUGGGUGAUUUGAACAAAUUCACAUCUGCCAUUUCGACUUACAAGAGGGAGCUCCUCAACGAUGGAAACUACCAGCUGUGUGUCUGUUUGAGAUCAAGCGUUAUCAAAACGGGGAUAAGAAUAAUAUCACUCACUUACAAGAGAAUCUCUCUCAAGGACAUAUGUCUGAAGCUGCGCCUGGAUUCAGAGCAGACGGUGGAAUACAUGGUGUCAAGGGCCAUUAGAGAUGGUGUUAUAGAAGCCAAAAUAAAUCAUGAGAAGGGCUUCAUCGAAAGUAGCGAGCUCCUAAACGUAUAUGCCACCGAGCAACCGCAACAGUUGUUUGACGAGAGAAUUAAAUUUGUCAAUCAAUUGCACGAUGAGUGUGUUAAAGCUAUGAGGUACCCCGACGAUGGUAGCAGUAAAAACAAGAAUAAGUCCUCUGCCAACUUUGAUCAAGCAGAAGAAAUGAUUGACCUCGCAGAUUUGGACGAGGACGAUCUGGGCGAUUUAGGUGACUUCUACUGA